AUGGGUGCGGAGCUCAAAAAGUGCCUUGGGGGCGACACAGCGAUCAAGCCGCCGCCUGCAGCGGCCAAGGAGGCGCCUCCAUCAGCGGCGGCAGCCGCCGCGGCUGCCCCAGAGCCUGUGGCCAAGGUGGAGACACCCGCCCCAGAGGCGCCUGCGCCUGCGCCCGCCAAGUGCCCCUUGGACGGUAUGUGCGGCGAGCGAGGCCUGCCGGAGGCCAUGUCCGCCGAGACGGUCGCCACCGUCGACGAGACCGCCGGGGUCGUCGCUCCGCACGCGCUCGAGAUCACCAAGGGCUUUUACGGCGAGAUGAUCGAGUCGCUUCCACAGGUCGUUUUGACCAUGUUCAACCCGGCGCACAACGUGCCCAUCUCGACGCACCAGCCAGAGGCGCUGGCGGCGUCGGUCGUCGCGUAUGCCAGCAACAUCAAGGACCUGUCGCCGCUCCUCGUGCCGGGCGGCGCCGUCGACGCCAUCAACCACCGCCACUGCGCCCUCGAGAUCUUGCCGGAUCAUUAUCCCGUGGUUCACGACCACCUGAUGUGGUCGGUCGCCAAGGUGCUCGGGCCCAAGCUGGGCGGCGAGGUGCCUGCACCUGUGGUCGACGCGUGGAGCGAGGCGGUCCGCUUCCUCGCCAAGGUCUGCAUCGACAAGGAAGAGGCGCUGUACGCCGAGUACGCCAAGCGGCCAGGCGGCUGGCGCGGCCGCAAGGACUUCAAGGUGACCGAGAUCAAGGACGCCGGCACCGACAUCAAGAGCUUCACGUUCGAGCCGGUCGAGCCGCAGGACGCCGGCUUCGACUUCACGCCCGGCCAAUACCUGACGGUCAAGGUCGACCCCAACGGCGACGGCCUCACCGCGCCGCGCCACUACACGACGACCUCGCCUCCCGGAGAAAAGUACCUGCAGUGCACCACCAAGAAGGUGGCGGGCGGCGUGGUGUCGACGUACAUGCACGAGGCGCUCAAGGUGGGCGACACGGUCAAGCUCACGCCCCCGUACGGCGUCUUCACCCUCGACCAGGAGCUGCCGACCGGUGUGCUCGUCAGCGCCGGCAUCGGCGUCACGCCGAUGGUCAACUUCGCCCGCGCGCUCGGCGACAAGACGGCGCUGGUGGUGCACGUCGACAAGACGGAGGCGGCGCACGCCUUCAAGGCGGAGUUCGAGCCGUACAAGACCCUCUUCAAGUACACCGACGGCGGCGCUCGCCCCUCGGUCGCGUCGGUGGCCAAGGAGACGAUCGAGGCGGCGGGCACCGGGCACUGCUUCUACAUUUGCGGCCCGCCGGCGUGGAUGAAGGAGAUGCAGGCGGAGCUGCUCACGCUCGGCGCCAAGAAGGUGAUGUGCGAGGUCUUUGGCUCGCAGCUCGCCACGGGCUGUCCCUUCGCAGCGUCCGCCCCGGAGGCGCCGGCUUCGACCCCGGACGCCUACCCGGUCGCUGCGGCAGAGCCGGAGGCGCCUGCGCCGGCGCCUGAGGCGCCGCCGCGGCGGAUGAGCAGCUACAUCAAGGAGCUGAAGGAGGAGGCGCCGCCGAAGGCCGCCAGCAGCAGGCGGUCCGGCGGCAAGUCGCGCGGGAGCGGCGGUGGCGGAGAGCCGGCGACUGAGACGACGAGUAGCAAGCGCGCCAGCGGAAACAGCGCUCGCAAGUCGGGCAAGGGGUCGGGCAAGGGGGGCUCGGCGGCCUCGCUCUCGCGGGUGCCCUCCUCGGAGGACAAGGAGCGUGCUAAGAUGGCCGAGGCGGCGCUGCUCGGCGCGGCGCUUGGGGACGUCGGCAGCUCGAAGCGGAGCUCGAAAGGUUCGGCGCGCGGCUCCAAGAAGUCGGCUGGAGAGCCGCCGGCGAAGACGCCCGCAGAGAGCCCCGCAGGUCCGACCCCCGCAUCCAAGCUCGACGCCUGA